AUGUCUUCAAGAAAGAGAAGUAAUUCCGUUCAAUCGGAGGCUUCUACUCAUUCUGAAGCUACUUCUCCACGAAGAAGAGUGGUGAGAAGAACACAACAACAAAACAAUAUUGAUAGUGAUGGAUCGGAUAGUGAACAAGAGAAUAGAAGGAGUAGAUUGAAGAAGAAAUCUUCAUCACAAAAACGAUCUAGUAAUCAAAAUCAAAAAUCUACUUCUAAACGUUCAAACGUUCCUAAUCAUAUUAAAAUUGGGAAGAGCAUUUUCUUUGAACAACCGUCAUCAAGUAUAACAAUGGAUGACAAUGAUUGUGAAUAUUUUGAUUCUCGUUGCAUUUGUGAUCAAAAAACAAGUGAACAUUCUAAUAAGAUACCCAUGUCAAGUUUAAUUUUAUUAAACAGAAUUGAUAGAUUUAAAAAACAACAAGAUUUCAAAAGAAUUCAAAAUAAGGAUGAUGAACAAAUACUUUUGGACAUCAUUGAAAGGGAAGGAUUGUAUACUAAGAAGGAAAUUGAAAGAAAUAGAAACAUUAAUUUUGAAAAAUCUUGUGAUCCUUCCUUGACACAAGAAGAAAAAUUACAAGUUAUUAAGAGAUUGAAAGACCAACAUGAAUUAUUUAGAAGAUUAGAAAAGAGAGAUCGUAAACAUCAAAUUUAUCAAUUGCGAUGUGUUAUUCCACAUGUUUCUAAUGAAGAGGCACUUUAUGCUCUCAAGCUUACUAACAAUAUCGAGGAAGAAGCAAUUAUCAAGUUGACAGAUUACACUUUUUUACAACAAAUUCGAAAGGAAAUUGCUUUAGAAUAUAAUCCAAAUCCAAGCUUAACAGUUGAUCAUUUGGUUCCACUUGCUGAUAAAUGGAAUUAUGAACAAGAUCAAAACUCACCUGAAUCACCAUCAAUGUCAGAUCAAAAUGAAACUCCAAGCACUUCAACUUCAUUCAUUCCACCAAAUGAAUCUUCUAAACGAUCUGUUACACCUGUUACAAAUAAUAUUUCUAAUAGUAAUAAUAAUGAUGAAAUGAGUGAUGAAGAGGAAGAAGAUGAUAAAGAUGAUGAUGACUUUGUAAUUAAGGAAAGAAAAAAGCCAUCUUCUAACAAGACAAGUAAAACUAAGCAAAAAGAAACAAAGAAAUCAUCUUCCAAGAAGAGUUCUAAAAAAUCAAGACAAGAAGAAUCUCAGAGUGAAUGUGAAAUUGAAGAAGAGGAAGAAGAUGAAGAAAUUUCAGAAAUUGAUGAAGAAAUUAAACAAGAGGAAAAAAAGAAGAGAAAGAGAAAAACCUCCACCAAUAUUAGUUCUAGUAGAUUACUUCUUGACGAUGCUUUGAGUGAUGUCAUUAAAAAGGAUGGAUGGUCAAAAGCAAGAAUUGAAGCUUAUGAAAAAAUUAAUACCAAUCCAAAUGCUUAUUAUUAUAGAUUUAAUGAACCUGGUGAAUCUCAAAAGAAUGGAAAAUGGAAUCAAAAAGAGAAAGAGUUAUUUAUUAAGAAAUUGAAAGAGUAUAUAGAAAAGACUGAUAAUUUUCAAUGGGGGUUAUUUUCAAAGAGAAUACCUGGAAGAGUUGGAUAUCAAUGUAGUAAUUUUUAUAGAACUCUUUUAAAAUCAGGAGAUUUUAAAUUGGAUAUUGUUGAAGAAUGUAAAAAUAAGAGCGGAGGUGGAAGUGCCAGUAGUGCUAGUAAAUCAUCUAGUUCAUCAUCAACAUCUAAAAAGAGAAAAAAACCAACAACUCCAACUAGGAAAUCUAAGAAAAAGAAAGUUGUUGAACCAUCAGAUGAUGAAGAAGAUGAAGAUAGUCAUCAAAAUGAUAGUGAAUCAGUUUCAUCUCAUACAGGUUCAUCAAGUAAUAAUUCAAAGAGUGAUAGUGAAAGUUCUGAACAAUCUUCUGAUGAAGAUUCGGAUGAUGAAAAUCAUACAAGAAAUAUUUUGGAAGAUUUCAUUGAUCCAAUUACAUUAGAACAAGUUAAAGAUCCAGCUAUUUCUCCAUAUGGACAUGUUUUAGGAUAUCAAACAUGGUUAAAAGUAUUAAAUACUGAACCAAAGAAUACAUGCCCUUAUACUAAACAAACACUAACAAAAAGACAUUUGGUAAAACUCAAUUUUGAUAACAUUGAAGAGUUUAAAUCGAAGAUUAGAAAUUUUAAUUAA